AUGGAAACAUUGAGAGCGGCUAUGGAGCAGGAGACCAACGCCGCAGCUCUAAAAAAGAUUCAAGUCUACAAUUUCUAUGUCGUCAAAUCUAUCGAAUUCGGACUUUUAAUCUCAUAUGUGCUAUUUCUAGCAACACUUGGUCAGUACUGCCCGUACAUGUACAAACUCAACUUGUCCGCUGGAGGAUUCGUCAUUUUCAACAUAAUCAUGGCGUGGAUCCUCAAGAGAAUGAAGAGAGAAUAUUGCUCACUUCAGGUGUUUUUGCUGCUCGUACACCUCUUCUGGAUGGUCUAUUGUUUUCUACACGGGCUUUCGAUGCUGACAACGACCACUUGUUCGAUGGAAGACUAUUAUUUGGAUGUUAGAGAAAGUGCAACUGGAGCAGCCAAAUUUGACGAGAGUAUUGCGGUGAUAGGGAUUGGAGCACAAGCAAUAUUCGGAUUUACUUUACGAAUCCAACUGCACAGAUUUUGCGGGCACUUCAAAGCAUCGUUUGUGCCGGUGCAAGGAGUAAUCGAAUCAACGGAUACCGAUUCAGAAAACGAAUGCCCGGCGGUCAAAAGGGAGAAUCCGGCGGUCAAAAAGGGAGAAUAA